GAACUAGCAAUAAAAUACAAUCGCUAUUGAGAAAUUUUUUUCUUUCAACUUUGCUUAUGCCGCACGUUCGAUCACGUUCAAAAAGUGCGAUAGUACCAUAUUAUACUUAAACGAAUGUUUGAUAUCAUGUUAAACGUUCUCGAGAUCUCGUCUCGUAUUUUAUCUAUGUUUACGAAAACAUGGAUAUCGGAUUUUCUCUGACUCAUUUGCUAUGAGUAAAAAGCAAUCAGCAUAAUGAGAAAAUAUAACAAAUAAAUUAACUUCGUAGCAAAUCAGACAUUUAUGGAGUUGGAAAUGUAAUCUAAGUGAUAUGUCAAUGAACUGUAAAUAAUGUACAGUGGAGUCAUUAGUGAAUAACUGGGUAAAGCUAGGUUUACAUCGGUUAAGAUGCAUAUAUGGUUUUGGUUUGGAAACAAUUUAGGUAGUUUCCUUUUACCAGGGUAUAAUGUUGUCACGACAACAAGCCUAGUUUGCACCUGUUUGGGUUUAACUGCGCUUGCUAUACUGUACGAGGGUAUGAAGAUCUUGCAUAUAAAAAUACAACAAACUACUAUGGUCCUCAUACAAAAUCAAACAGUGAGAACAUCUGAAAACUCUUCCUUGUUAUUAAAAAUAUCCUCGCGAUCUGUUAAAAGGCAGUCUUCUUUACGUUGUAUACGUUGCUCCACUUGGAGUUUUCAAGUGUUUCAUUGGUUUAUACAUACGGUUCUUGGGUAUAUUUUAAUGUUGGCUGUUAUGACAUAUAAUGUAUAUAUUAAUAUCGCUAUCGUAUUGGGAGGAAGCCUGGGAUAUUGGAUUUUUGGUCCUAAACUUAUAGAACUUAACAUGGCACGAUUUUAUAAGAGACAAAGAUUAUUGGAAUGCGACAAAGAAUGUGCAGGUGAUACAGUAUACGUAGUGAAAGGGCGCACCACAAGUUACAAAACAAAACAAAAAAUGGGAGAGGUCACAGCCAAACAUACUCUUCACAGCGGGAUUUUUCAUCCUAUUUUACGUCAAUGGCAAUCACCAAAUGUAGAAAUUACCGUUAACAAUCUUAUGUAUCCGAUAUUUAUUUCAGACGAACAAGAUGCUAAAGAUCCAAUCGCUAGUAUGCCAGGUGUCUAUCGACAUGGCAUUAAUCAAUUACAUAAAAUGUUGGAGCCAUUGGUUUCCAAAGGCCUACAAUCUAUAUUAUUAUUCGGAGUAUCGAAACACAUGAAAAAGGAUCACAUCGGAAGUAAUGCAGACAGUGCUGAGAAUCCUAUUAUUCAAGCUGUACCUUUGAUAAGGCAGUGGUUUCCAAGUUUGUUAAUAGCAUGCGAUGUUUGUUUAUGUCCGUAUACUGUUCACGGGCAUUGUGGAAUUUUAAACGAUGACGGGAGCAUAAAUAACAAAGCUAGUAUUUUACGAAUCGCAGAAGUUGCUCUUGCUUACGCGAAAGCUGGAGCGCAAAUUGUAGCCCCAUCCGACAUGAUGGACGGAAGAAUAGGUGCGAUAAAACAAAAAUUAUCAGCGGCUGGAUUAGCGAACAAAGUAGCAGUUUUAUCUUAUGCCGUGAAAUUUGCAUCAGGAUUUUAUGGACCUUUUAGAGAUGCAUCACAGUCGGCACCCAAGUUUGGAGAUAGAAAAUGUUAUCAAUUGCCUCCUGGAAGUAACGGAUUAGCUGCUAGAGCUGCUGCUAGAGAUGUUUCUGAAGGAGCCGAUAUGCUUAUGGUGAAACCAGGUCUACCUUACUUGGAUGUUGUUCGGCACACGAAAGAUGCGCAUCCGGAAUAUCCGAUGUUUGUGUAUCAGGUUUCAGGAGAAUACGCUAUGCUUUAUCAUGGCGCUAAAAAUGGUGCUAUCAAUUUAGAAAAUGUGUUAAACGAAGUUCUUCUAUCUAUGAGAAGAGCGGGAGCCGAUUGUAUUAUAACAUAUUUUACACCAUUAAUUUUAGAUAUGUUACAACCGAAAAGCAAAUAUUAAAGAUAUUUGUAUGUUUGACAUGUUCAUAGAGUUUUAAUGGAUAUUUUUCGAAUAAAUUGUUAAUAAAGCAACUAAA